CUCAUCAAAUGGACGCGUGUGUGCGUGGAUGUGGAAGCUGCCGUGACGCUGCCACCGAGUGAGUGAGUGAGCGAGCGAGCGCCGUAUCUUUAAAACAGAAAAAGAGAGCGAGAGAGAGAGAAGAACACAAAAACACACACAAGCAGCUCAGUCAUAACUGUGGGAUGAUAAGGACUCCACCAACACCACCUCUUUUGACUUUUGGAGCGAGCUAAGCCGUUAGGAGAGCGCUCAGCGUCAGCUGUUCAACACUGGGCUCUUAUUGCUGGAAGCCGGGGCUGAAUCAGUCACAUGACAGAACCGGAGGCUGAGAUCUAGAGAGAAAAGGCACAGCAUUUCGGCUCGCACCGCCAUACUGUAUUUUGAGCCAUAUCACAUUUUUAUUGCAACAUUUUACUCCCGCUCGGUGAGUACAUUUCCACUGGCUUUUUUUGUAAGCAUAUUUUUGUCUUUUUAAUUGCCCCCUCCUUUUUUUUAUUUUUCCUCCUUUUGCUGGUGUUUGAAUUGAGCGUUGACAUGGUGGUUUUGAGCGUUUUUCCACAUCCCAGGCUUCAAGUUUUUAGCAUGCAGUUAUUCUGAUCGAGAGUGCCAAGAGGGUAAACGGGUACCUUGUCGGUCUUGAGGAGGCUUUUCCUUGCUUGCAGUUUUGUUUCGAGGGUCGAAACCAAGCAGGUUUUGUCAGUGUUGAGAUUUUUCACAACAUUUAUUGGUGGUUUUGGAAGAUUUUUGUUUUUAUUUUUAAUUUUUGUGUUUGUUUUCUGUCGACUUUUGCUGUUGCUAUGCUUUGGUUUGCAUUUUGCAGUGUUGUUUGUUGCCUUUCGAGUUUUGUGAUUUUGAUGUCUCGGUGAAUCUCACCGGUCGAAUCCUUGCUUUUACUUUGUUCCUCUUUUCUUUGUGAGAAAAUGAGCAAAACAAACCGGAGUCAUUUUUGACGUGACGUUUUAACGUGAUACUUUUCUUGCAGCCGAUCUCACAGGUUUGUUGUUUUUUUUCUUUUUUGUGUUCAUCUCUCUCUGUCUUUCUUUUUUUCCCGAUCUCAUUAUACUUUUGCUGGUGUAUUUGCUGGAGUAUUUUUGGAUGGUGUUUUUUUUUCUUUUUUUCUUUUUUUUUUUUAACUAGAUGAUGCUGGGUGGACGAGGGGAGUUUUGAUUCUUGGGGCAGUUCAAUGCGUUUUUGUUUUCUGUAUCAACGAGGAUGAACAGACAUUUUCCCUUUUGCAGGAGGGCAACUGGAAGAGAAUGACUGGUAAAAUCCAGACGAGCAACGUGACCAACAAGAAUGACCCACGUUCCCUCAACUCCAGAGUCUUUAUUGGCAACCUCAACACAGCCAUUGUCAAGAAGACUGACAUAGAGGUCAUCUUCGCCAAGUACGGCAAAAUUGUGGGUUGUUCCGUACACAAGGGCUACGCCUUCGUGCAGUACGUGAAUGAGAGGAAUGCCCGGGCAGCUGUGGCAGGAGAAAAUACCCGUAUCAUCGCUGGACAGCCCCUUGACAUAAACAUGGCGGGUGAGCCCAAGCCAUACAGGCCUAAAGCGGGCAACAAGCGGCCGCUGUCAGCCGUUUACAGUGGAUAUGAAUUUGAUUAUGAGUACUACAGGGACGACUUCUACAACAGGCUUUUUGACUACCAUGGCAGAGUGGCCCCCCCACCCAGAGCUGUGAUCCCCCUCAAACGCUCGAGGGUGCUCACUCCCUCCUCCCGCCGUGGGAAGACCUCCUUCCCCAUCAAAACAUCUUCCUCCUCCUCUUCUUCAUCCUCCAGACCUCCCACAUCCUCCUGUGGGCCCAAAUUGAAGACGGACCAGCUUCAGACUAUUAAGCGGGAGCUGACUCAGAUUAAGAUGAAGAUCGACUCUUUACUGGGACGUCUGGAGAAGAUUGAGAAGCAGCAGAGAGUCGAAUCUGAGUCUCAGAGAAAGUAUGAGGACAACUGCGACUCCCUGCAUGAGGAGUCCGUGUCAGAGACGGCAGAAAACUCCGGGGAGGAAGCCGGGGACGGAGCGCUGGACGUGGAGGCGGGAGAGAUGACCGAUGGAUGCGAGGACGACUACGACGAGGAGGGCGGCCACCAUCUGAUAGAGAACCAUGUAUCAGAUAUUGACAACUGAGAUCAGGGUGAGCGAGUGGAAACCUCUGUAAGAAUUCAUCAUCACCUUCAGGAGACAGAACAAAGGGUCUCUGAGGGAUCAAGACACCCAUUUCUGGAUUAUAAAUUGUGUGUUCAGGAGAUGCUGAAUCACAUUUAGGUUCCCCAACUGUGCAGCACAAACCUGACUGUGAUUUGCUCUCCCCCAGAAAAUGUAUUCAAGAUCCAUUUUAAUGCAUUUGGCCUGAGUCGACCCACCUGGAUAUAUCUGUGCAACGUCUAUUUCAUUGCAAGAGGCUGACGGUAUCAUCCUGGUCCUGGUGAUCCUGGUCCUGAAAAACCACAAAACAAAAAAAAAAAAGAAGGACGUAAAUGGACUUGAACAUUGACGAUGUUGAUCAUUUUAUUGUUGCUUUUCUGAAAAUGUGUUUGCGCUGUAAUGUUUUAUUUCAUUUUUUUCCAGUGAAUUUCUGUUAUUGCUCAAGCAUCACAUGAAUAAACGACGGUCAGAACAACCAGAGAAAAGUACGAAACGUCGUUGCUGCCUCGUUUGGAGUCCAUUCAUAUUGUACAUACAGCCGGUAGCUGAGAGCAUGACUUUUUCUCUUGCUUUAUCCAUUUAUCACACAGACGCCCUGCAGGACUGUACCAUCACAUAUUCCCGCUCCUGCCAAGUUUCAGAGGCAGAAAGGGCUUCCUGUGGUAGAAAGCCAACGCUGGCACCGGCCUCCUGCCAGGAAGCCUUACCCUAGAGUCUCAGUGGCCUCCUCCCUGCUCGCGCUGUGCAUCCCAACAUAGAUUGCUGCUGCUCCAAAUGAGCCAACGCCCCUUUCUUCUCCUCUCUCUCCAUCACUCUGUCUCUCUCUCUCUGAAGUCUGCAGUGAUUUUUUAUUUUAUGUAGCUCAAAUAGAUGCAGGAGCAAAAGAAAGCAUUUUUAAAUAUAUUUGUAGGAAUCUUCUUGUUUUGGCUUCUCCCUUUCGGGGUCGCUGACAGCGGAUCGUCUGCCUCCAUUUGUCCUCUUCUUCUCUUCAUGUCCUCCUUUGCAACAUCCAUGAACCUUCUCUGUUGUCCUUUUGCUCCGGCAGCUCCAUCUUCAACAUCCACAUGUGACCAAACCAUCUCAACCUUGCUUCUCUUACUCUGUCUCCAAAACCGUUCAACCUGAGCUGUCCCCCAAAUUCUAAUUCUGGUUCACUCCCAACGAAAAUCUCAACAUCUUCAGCUCUGCCACCUGUCUCCCAUAAGCCAUACAUCAUAGCAGGUCUUACGACCAUGUUGUAGACCUUCACUGAGUUUGAUGUUGGGAAGCAGCAUUGGAUCAUGGGAACUGUUGUCUCAUUGUGCAGCGAAUGGCAAUGGGUUCUGGUUAUUACUGACAAAUACACACGAUAAGACGAUUAAAGAACACGACAACACAAAGCUGAAGCUGAAAACAGAUGUGGAAUAGUACAGAAGUCAAUAUCAUUGUUACUGUACAAGCUGACACUCGUUUGGUGCAGUUUUCUAUCGGUGGUAAGUUCACGAUUUCUGCCACUUCUCAUGAUGUUCAUGUUCGCGUGGAGCUGCUCACGCAUCAACGUUUAAUUAGUGGCUCAACCUGCAGCUGAGCAAUUAUAAUUAACCCGACGAUAAUUAAAUUGCCACAAAUUGGAUUGCGUCACAGGUGAUUGGGUGUCGGCGUGUUCUGCUGUUCAUUAUUCACAUCAUGUUCGGUUCUUUUUUUUCCACGGCGGAGGAGGUACUGUACUUGUCAAGAGCUAAUACAAACCAGGUGUUUUGAAUGCUGAUGAUGUUGUACUGUAAAAAAAAAAAAAAAAAAAGAGGAAUGAAUCAAAUUAAGAGCUUUCCGAACACUUUUGAAGAACAAACAUUAUCUGUCUGCCACUAUUUUUAGUUUCUUCAGUGGCGCUGAAGCAUCGCUGGACAAUUAGGUCACGUCAUGUGCAGUGCGUCACAACUUAUUUGCUUUUCACUGAUUUUAUGGUCAUUUCUACAGUAUUUAUAAAUAGAAGAAGAAGAAGAAGAAGAAGCACUGUAUUUGCUAUUAGUCCAUUCCCUAUUAAACACUUCCAGGAACUUAUUUAACUCUGUUGUUCUGUGUCGCCAACUCAAAAUCCUUAUGAAACUCCUCCUCAACAAAUACGCUCAAAAGAUCCUGAACCUCGUCGGCCGUCCAAUUGUCAUACAUCCUUUUCAUUUGCUCCAUAUUUUUGAAAUGACCGAUAGCGAAAUGAACAAGUUCUUCUUUUGAAGGUCUUGUUUAAAAGUUGCAAGCAAACAUCUAAAUUGACUAAUAUAACAUUUUUAUAGUCUAUUCUGGUACUUUUCAGGAUGUAUUACUCAAAUUGGAGAAAUAAAACUCUUCGCUUUUUAAGUAUCUCCACUUGUAUCCCCACAAUUCAGUCAAGGUUACAUCAAUCACAUCUAUUGAAACAUUUAGCAGCACUUUCAGCUUUUAAGAAAAAAGAUAAAGGAUCUCUCAAUACAAUAUUAUUUGACCCUCAGCAGUUAGAAACGGUUCCCAGGAAAAUUGCAUCAAUACCCCAGUGAUCUCUAACAUUUCAGUGCUUUUAUCAUCUUACACAAAAGCCACACUGUUUGUUUUAUUUGCACAAAAGCUUUGAAAAUAAAACCACGGUCUCUCGAGUUUGAGUAAAAAAAAAAAAAAAAGAAGAAGGAAAUGUCACCUUGCACAAUUUCAUGAAAACAUGGUCACACCUUCUCUGUGCUGGCAAAAGAAAUACAAAAAAAAAUUACAUUCAAUAAAGUAAAAAUACUGACUGUCCUGCAGCUCAUUCAAAAUAAAUGUCUGGUGAAUGAUGAUAACGUGUAAUAUUUAGCACUAUUUUUGUAUCCAAAAACAUGUUUAAGGGAAAUGGCUCUGCUACAUGUUUAUCUUUUUUGCUGGUAGCCUGUUGAACAGUAUGGUGACGUGUAUUUUGCAAAAAAAAUUAAGAAAAAAAAACCCUCAUUGCUUUUAAAUGUUGUUAUUUGUCCCGGGUCACGUUAAAAGCAUCUCUUUUCAGUUCACACUGUAAAUAGUCUUUAUCGCGUUUAUUUCUGUCACAAAUAGAAUUUAAAAGAGGCGUUUUAUUGAUUUUGAAAUGUUGCUGAAAUACUAUAUUGACAGUUUGUUCGGAUGAUUGAGGGUUUUGACCAAAAUCGUGGAGCCCGUAGAGGUGUGUGUAUCUGACAACUGUUGUAUAGAAAUGUACAUUUUUUUGUAAAGAUAUUUUUAUCAAGAGGCAUGUUUACCGUACCUUUGUAUUUUCUGUUCACGUAUGAAAACAAAAAACGGCAUAUUACAACUGUUGUAAAGCUAGAAAACCCAUUGUCGUACUUAUUUGUGUUCUUAUCAGUCAAUAAAAAUGUUUGUGUCGCACAUUUAACAAGUCAAA